AUGAGUGCAUGUGAUGGCAUGAGUGCAUGUGAUGGCAUGAGUGCAUGUGAUGGCAUGACUGCAUGUGAUGGCAUGAGUGCAUGUGAUGGCAUGAGUGCAUGUGAUGGCAUGAGUGCAUGUGAUGGCAUGAGUGCAUGUGAUGGCAUGAGUGCAUGUGAUGGCAUGACUGCAUGUGAUGGCAUGAGUGCAUGUGAUGGCAUGAGUGCAUGUGAUGGCAUGAGUGCAUGUGAUGGCAUGAGUGCAUGUGAUGGCAUGAGUGCAUGUGAUGGCAUGAGUGCAUGUGAUGGCAUGAGUGCAUGUGAUGGCAUGACUGCAUGUGAUGGCAUGAGUGCAUGUGAUGGCAUGAGUGCAUGUGAUGGCAUGAGUGCAUGUGAUGGCAUGAGUGCAUGUGAUGGCAUGAGUGCAUGUGAUGGCAUGACUGCAUGUGAUGGCAUGAGUGCAUGUGAUGGCAUGAGUGCAUGUGAUGGCAUGAGUGCAUGUGAUGGCAUGAGUGCAUGUGAUGGCAUGAGUGCAUGUGAUGGCAUGAGUGCAUGUGAUGGCAUGAGUGCAUGUGAUGGCAUGAGUGCAUGUGAUGGCAUGAGUGCAUGUGAUGGCAUGAGUGCAUGUGAUGGCAUGAGUGCAUGUGAUGGCAUGAGUGCAUGUGAUGGCAUGAGUGCAUGUGAUGGCAUGAGUGCAUGUGAUGGCAUGAGUGCAUGUGAUGGCAUGAGUGCAUGUGAUGGCAUGAGUGCAUGUGAUGGCAUGAGUGCAUGUGAUGGCAUGAGUGCAUGUGAUGGCAUGAGUGCAUGUGAUGGCAUGAUGCAUGAUGGCAUGACUGCAUGUGAUGGCAUGAGUGCAUGUGAUGGCAUGAGUGCAUGUGAUGGCAUGAGUGCAUGUGAUGGCAUGAGUGCAUGUGAUGGCAUGACUGCAUGUGAUGGCAUGAGUGCAUGUGAUGGCAUGAGUGCAUGUGAUGGCAUGAGUGCAUGUGAUGGCAUGAGUGCAUGUGAUGGCAUGAGUGCAUGUGAUGGCAUGAGUGCAUGUGAUGGCAUGAGUGCAUGUGAUGGCAUGAGUGCAUGUGAUGGCAUGAGUGCAUGUGAUGGCAUGACUGCAUGUGAUGGCAUGAGUGCAUGUGAUGGCAUGAGUGCAUGUGAUGGCAUGAGUGCAUGUGAUGGCAUGAGUGCAUGUGAUGGCAUGAGUGCAUGUGAUGGCAUGAGUGCAUGUGAUGGCAUGAGUGCAUGUGAUGGCAUGAGUGCAUGUGAUGGCAUGACUGCAUGUGAUGGCAUGAGUGCAUGUGAUGGCAUGAGUGCAUGUGAUGGCAUGACUGCAUGUGAUGGCAUGAGUGCAUGUGAUGGCAUGAGUGCAUGUGAUGGCAUGACUGCAUGUGAUGGCAUGACUGCAUGUGAUGGCAUGAGUGCAUGUGAUGGCAUGAGUGCAUGUGAUGGCAUGAGUGCAUGUGAUGGCAUGAGUGCAUGUGAUGGCAUGAGUGCAUGUGAUGGCAUGAGUGCAUGUGAUGGCAUGACUGCAUGUGAUGGCAUGAGUGCAUGUGAUGGCAUGAGUGCAUGUGAUGGCAUGACUGCAUGUGAUGGCAUGAGUGCAUGUGAUGGCAUGAGUGCAUGUGAUGGCAUGAGUGCAUGUGAUGGCAUGAUGCAUUGCAUUGCAUGUGAUGGCAUGAGUGCAUGUGAUGGCAUGAGUGCAUGUGAUGGCAUGAGUGCAUGUGAUGGCAUGACUGCAUGUGAUGGCAUGAGUGCAUGUGAUGGCAUGAGUGCAUGUGAUGGCAUGAGUGCAUGUGAUGGCAUGAGUGCAUGUGAUGGCAUGAGUGCAUGUGAUGGCAUGACUGCAUGUGAUGGCAUGAGUGCAUGUGAUGGCAUGAGUGCAUGUGAUGGCAUGAGUGCAUGUGAUGGCAUGAGUGCAUGUGAUGGCAUGAGUGCAUGUGAUGGCAUGACUGCAUGUGAUGGCAUGAGUGCAUGUGAUGGCAUGAGUGCAUGUGAUGGCAUGAGUGCAUGUGAUGGCAUGAGUGCAUGUGAUGGCAUGAGUGCAUGUGAUGGCAUGAGUGCAUGUGAUGGCAUGAGUGCAUGUGAUGGCAUGAGUGCAUGUGAUGGCAUGAGUGCAUGUGAUGGCAUGAGUGCAUGUGAUGGCAUGAGUGCAUGUGAUGGCAUGAGUGCAUGUGAUGGCAUGAGUGCAUGUGAUGGCAUGACUGCAUGUGAUGGCAUGAGUGCAUGUGAUGGCAUGAGUGCAUGUGAUGGCAUGAGUGCAUGUGAUGGCAUGAGUGCAUGUGAUGGCAUGACUGCAUGUGAUGGCAUGACUGCAUGUGAUGGCAUGAGUGCAUGUGAUGGCAUGAGUGCAUGUGAUGGCAUGAGUGCAUGUGAUGGCAUGAGUGCAUGUGAUGGCAUGAGUGCAUGUGAUGGCAUGAGUGCAUGUGAUGGCAUGAGUGCAUGUGAUGGCAUGAGUGCAUGUGAUGGCAUGACUGCAUGUGAUGGCAUGAGUGCAUGUGAUGGCAUGAGUGCAUGUGAUGGCAUGACUGCAUGUGAUGGCAUGAGUGCAUGUGAUGGCAUGAGUGCAUGUGAUGGCAUGAGUGCAUGUGAUGGCAUGACUGCAUGUGAUGGCAUGACUGCAUGUGAUGGCAUGAGUGCAUGUGAUGGCAUGAGUGCAUGUGAUGGCAUGACUGCAUGUGAUGGCAUGACUGCAUGUGAUGGCAUGAGUGCAUGUGAUGGCAUGAGUGCAUGUGAUGGCAUGAGUGCAUGUGAUGGCAUGAGUGCAUGUGAUGGCAUGAGUGCAUGUGAUGGCAUGAGUGCAUGUGAUGGCAUGAGUGCAUGUGAUGGCAUGAGUGCAUGUGAUGGCAUGAGUGCAUGUGAUGGCAUGAGUGCAUGUGAUGGCAUGACUGCAUGUGAUGGCAUGAGUGCAUGUGAUGGCAUGAGUGCAUGUGAUGGCAUGACUGCAUGUGAUGGCAUGACUGCAUGUGAUGGCAUGAGUGCAUGUGAUGGCAUGAGUGCAUGUGAUGGCAUGAGUGCAUGUGAUGGCAUGACUGCAUGUGAUGGCAUGAGUGCAUGUGAUGGCAUGAGUGCAUGUGAUGGCAUGAGUGCAUGUGAUGGCAUGACUGCAUGUGAUGGCAUGAGUGCAUGUGAUGGCAUGUGA